AUGUUGACACGGGAUGCCUGCAUGAGCGGCUGUUCGGGCUAUCAAUCACGACCGGCUGCAGGUGAGAAAGAGUUGGAAUAUGUGGCCAGAGGAAACUUGCCAACCAGGAAUGACCACAGCAUUUUUGACGGCCUGUUGGAUGAUGGUAAUAAGGAUAAAGCAAAAAGAGUGUCUAGAAACAAAUCUGAGAAGAAAAGACGAGAUCAAUUCAAUGUGUUACUCAAAGAACUUGGCUCCAUGCUGCCAAGUAAUACUCGGAAAAUGGAUAAAUCAACAGUACUACAGGAAACAAUUGACUUUUUACAGAAGCACAAAGAGAUCACAGCACAGUCAGUUGCCAGUGAAAUACACCAAGACUGGAAGCCGGCAUUUCUUAUUAAUGAGGAAGUUACUCAGUUGAUGUUGGAGGCAUUGGAUGGCUUUUUUAUAGCAGUGACAGCUGAUGGGAGUAUUAUAUAUGUGUCAGAAAAUGUUACUUCUUUACUUGAACAUUUACCUUCAGAUCUUCUGGAUCAAAAUCUUUUGAAUUUUCUGCCCGAAGUGGAGCACUCAGCAGUUUAUACAUUUCUCUCUUCUCAAAUAUUGGAAAGUGAUUCUUUGAUCCCAGAUUAUUUAAACUCCAACAAUCAUCUUGAAUUCUGUUGUCAUAUGCUCAGAGGAACAAUAUAUCCUAAAGAACCUCCGGUCCAUGAAUAUGUAAAAUUCAUAGGCACUUUGAAGUCACUGAAUAACUUGCAGCACUCUGCCCGAUAUGGAUUUGGAUGGUCUCUAAAGUCAGCAUUUGAAGGAAGAAUUUGCUUUUUAGCAACAGUCAGAUUAGCUACACCACAGUUUGUUAAGGAAAUGUGCACUAUUGAAGAACCAAAUGAAGAAUUUACUUCAAGACACAGCUUAGAGUGGAAAUUUCUGUUUCUUUAUGACAGGGCACCUCAAAUAAUAGGCUAUUUACCAUUUGAGGUGCUAGGAACAUCUGGCUAUGAUUACUACCAUGUAGAUGACUUGGAAAAUUUAACAAAAUGCCAUGAGCACUUGAUGCAGUAUGGAAAAGGCAAAUCAUGCUACUACAGAUUUCUUACAAAAGGGCAACAAUGGAUGUGGCUUCAGACUCAUUAUUACAUUACUUAUCAUCAAUGGAACUGCAGACCAGAAUUAAUAGUCUGUUCUCAUACUGUUGGAAGCAAUGCAGAAGUACGAGCAGAGAGAAGAAAAAUUAGCAUAGAAGAGUUCCCAUCAGAAAACAUGGCUGAUAAGAAAGUUGAAGAUUCUAAAUAUGACAUCAAGCUAAACACAGUCAGUCUCAAAGAAGCAUGGGAGCAAUUUGAUCACAGCCAUACAAUAUCUACUUCCUCCAAGAGCUUGAGGAAAUCUUCAUCACAUUCAUCAAUAUCUGAUGCAACCUCCAUUUUAUUAGCAACAUACUCAAAACAGCGAACUGAUGUAAGGGCACCUCCACAACCAGCAAUAACAGAUCGUCAUGAAGCAACAUCCCAGCGAAUAGCAUCACUGAGCAAUGAGUUCUCACUGCAGUUAGGGGCCAUGCAACACAUAAAGGAACAGUUGGAACAGAGGAUGUGCAUGCUGGAAGCAAAUAUUCAGCGACAGCAAGAAGAAUUACAGACAAUCCAAGAGCAACUUCAUCUUGUCCAAGGUCAAGAAUCCCAAAUGUUUUUGCAGCAACCAACAUCAAGUAUAAACUUUAAUUUGGUGCAGUUCGCAACAUCAAACUCUCCUGCCGUCCAGCAACCUACAUUGAUUACAUUUCAGGGACCAUGUGCCCAGGCCAAUCAGUUUCAAGGUGCUGUCAAAACUGAUCCAAAUAGCUCACAUCGUAGAGUGCAACAGCAAUUUCUGAUCGGUGAGGAAAGCUCUACUUCAGCACAGGUUCAGCCAAAUUUGCAAGCCAACUUCAGCCAGCAGAUCUGUUUCCAGUCAGGAUACCCAGACAUCCUCUCUCUCUAACACUGAUGAUUUCCCAGCCGGCAGCAGAUGCGGGGCAGCUUUCAUUUACUUUAUCCCAAAAUUCCACACAAAGUGCUGCAGUUACUACUUUUACUUGGGACAGGCAGCUGUGCUUCUCUCAAGGCCAACAGCUCAUUACAAAGUUGGUAACCGCUCCAGUGAGUUGCAGUGCUGUUAUGGUUCCAACAACUAUGAUAAUGGGUCAGGUCAUGACAGCUUACCCCACUUUUGCCACUCAGCAACAAUCCCAAACAUUGUCAUCAACACAGGGCCAGUAAGAGCAACACCAGAAGCAGACAACCAUAGAUCAGCCAUAGUUUCAGACACUGACUCAACACUCUCCACAGUGGAUACAGUUUACUGACACCGCUACAACGUGUUUUUAUCGCUGGCUGUCCAGACGGAAGGUGCUGAAACGCUUUGUCGCGUGUCUGGAAGAAGUGAAAACUUUCCUGGGCAGCAAAGGGCUCACCUUUCCUGAGCUGGAACAGCCAGAGUGGCUGGAAAAGCUACACUUCAUGGUAGACAUGACAGCGCACCUGAACACGCUGAACACAGCUCUUCAGGGGUAAGGACGUACAGCCCUGCACACGUUGGAGGAUGUUUUGGCAUUCGAGCGCAAGUUGACAGUGCUUGCCAGAGAUUUACAGAAAGGCACUUUGUCUCACUUCCCCAAUUUGAGAGAGUUCAAACAAGGUCACGACAUGAUAAUUUCGGAGUAUUUACAUUCUGCAAUCAUCGCAAUGCAAACAUCGUUUGGGAAACGCUUCUGUGAGUUCAGAGAGGGAAAAAAACACAUUAUCCUUCCCGGUCACUCCCUUAAGCAUCGAUCCUUCCCUACUGAAUACGACUGCAUUGGCAGGUGUGAGUCAACCUGAUCUUGAGAUGGAACUGGCCGACAUAGCCGACAAAGACAUAUGGGUGUCCAAGUUUAGACGCUUGACAGCAGACCUUGAAGAUGUUGCCCGUCAGAAGGCCGUUCUUGCUCAGAAACACAAAUGGAGUGAUAUUGAAAACCUCACAGAUGACAGCUUGCGAUCCUGUGUAAAGAUGAAGGUGAUGUCAUACAGCCCUGAUGUGCAGACGCUGUGCGCUGAGGUCCAGGAGCAGAUAUCCCAUUAACCAAGCUGACAGCUGGCUGAUGUUAUUUUUGGUUUGCUGCUGGCGGAAAAUUUAAGAUCGGCGUUUUUCAUAAAUACAAGAAGGACUCAAAUAGACAUUGAGUAUUUUACUUAAAAGUGACUUUCAACCCAACGUCUUUUUUUCGGAGUUCAAAAUGUUUUUGUUGCAUGCAGAAAUGUAAUUUCGUUUUCUCUGCAGGAGUUCAUCAAUUUCAUAAAUGCAACACAUUAUAGUUUGUUUAUACAUAGCAUAAAGGCAAAAAAAACGUUGUAUGCAGUGUUAUUUCAUUUUAAAUGUCAAACGGGU